CAUCAUGCUUGUGCUGGGCCGCGCAAGUUUAUCCCUUCAAUCGUUGACCUUCAACUUGGAGUUGACUUAUAUCUCCGGGUCCGAGCUUACAGAAUCAUCAGAAGACUUUACUAAUAUAUUGGUGGACGCCGUUCAAAACCUCAGCCAUCUCAACACGCUGGAGUUCAACUUUCCCACCUAUCCUAUCCCCUGGAGGCUGCUUGCUUCUAUAUCCCGGUUCCCCUCGCUGAAAUCGUUGACGUUGCGACAUUCUGGAGGAGCAGAAACGUUAGAAGGGCCCGUUCCCAUAGGGAGUGUCUCGUUCCCCCGCCUAGAAGAGCUCAAGGUUACCUCUUCCCGACCAGAUGGAGUGACAGCCACUGUGUCUCGUUUGGAGGGUCUAUCUCAGAUUCAAAGCUUCGACUUCGCCGUCAAGGGAAGUGACAUAGUCGAUGCGGCUGAGACCGAAGAGAUGAUUGAUCUCGUGGCCGAACGUCUCAGCAAAAACACGACCCGCUCCAUCCGAUUCAGCAUCGACCAGCGCUAUACUAGCGAAGGUGGUCGUCGCGUCCUAAAGCUUUCCACGCUGCGGCCCCUAUAUAGGUUCGAAGGUCUCAUAGAGCUCAUUCUCGAACUUGUCUCCGGUUUUAGAGUUGACGAUGGUUCGCUGGAAGAACUGUCCCUGGCAUUCCCGAAGUUGCGUCACUUCGAGCUACAAGACACGGGAGCGGUCAUCAGUGUCACGCUCAAGGGCCUUGCUAUGCUUCUCCGCAAUUGCACGGCGCUGAGGCAGUUAACGCUGUUCAUAAAUGCGACACGCGAAUCUAACCUGGAGUUUGACAAAUCGCCCAUUGAGGUCCAGAAUAUGGAGAUCACAACUCUUAACGUGAUGUGGUGCCCAGUUGACGCUGACGACCCCGGUUAUGCAGCGGGCCACCUCCUUCGUAUGCUUCCUUGUUUACGUGAAGUUCAGUUUAAUGGCUGGUAUGCUUGGAUCAAAGCGUGGGCCCAGGUUAACGAUUUGCUGGGAAAGCAUGCGUUGAAAACGACACCGUGA